CUGAAUACUAGCUAGUCCUGAUUCCUAGCUCUAUAAAAGGAGAAUACCAUAGGAAUUCAUCACAGACAAACAAACAAUUUACCAGCUAUACUUGUUCCUUUUGAAGGUUAGAAGUGCUACAAUACAAACAAUGGCAGCUACUCAGGAAGAUGUGAAGCUUUUGGGUAUUGUGGGAAGCCCAUUUGUGUGCAGGGUCCAGAUUGCCCUUAAGUUGAAGGGAGUUGAAUACAAAUUUUUGGAAGAAAAUUUGGGCAACAAGAGUGAUUUGCUUCUCAAAUACAACCCUGUUCACAAGAAGGUUCCAGUGUUUGUUCACAAUGAGAAGCCCAUAGCAGAGUCUCUUGUGAUUGUUGAAUACAUUGAUGAGACAUGGAAGAACAACCCCAUCUUACCUUCUGAUCCUUACCAAAGAGCCUUGGCUCGUUUCUGGUCCAAAUUCAUUGAUGAUAAGAUUGUGGGUGCUGUAUGGAAAUCUGUUUUCACGGUUGAUGAGAAAGAGCGUGAGAAGAAUGUUGAAGAAACAUAUGAGGCUCUUCAGUUUCUUGAGAAUGAGCUGAAGGACAAGAAGUUUUUUGGAGGAGAGGAAUUUGGGUUGGUAGAUAUUGCUGCUGUCUUCAUAGCAUUUUGGAUCCCAAUUUUUCAGGAAAUAGCAGGGUUGCAGUUAUUCACCAGUGAGAAAUUUCCUAUACUCUACAAAUGGAGCCAAGAAUCCCUUAACCACCCUUUUGUGCAAGAAGUCCUUCCUCCUAGAGACCCACUUUUUACCUUCUUCAAAGCCCGCUAUGAAAGUCUUUCUGCUUCAAAAUAGACUUAUUUAAGGAUAUUUGUUGAACAACUUGUGUCUUGUUGAGUUAUUGAUGUUUGAAUUUCAUGUCAAAUGAUACUAGCUAUAUGUAAAUCCCAAAAAAAAAAAAAAAGAAUCCUAGGAUCUUGUUUUCGUUUUGGCCAUUUCAGUUAAUAAAGAAAUUAUAUUUUUCGAUAUAAA